GCAGGGGAUGCGCGCUGCCGGGGUUUGCCCGCAGCGGCGCCCUCUGUGAUUUUGGGCUGUGUUUCGGUUCCCCUUCCCGAGCUCCUCGCCAUCCUUCCGCCGCCCAGUAGCAUCCCCGCGGCGGGGAAACCUGGAUCCCGCUCUGCCGGGAGGACAUCGGGAGAUGCUCCCCUUGUGGGCCGCGGUGCUGAGACUGCCCGGCUCAUCGCACCUGUGAGCGGGCACCGAGGUGCAAAACUCAGCAUCACUUAGCAGAUUUCCAACGUAGAACCGCGGAGCUGCGAACCCACAGCGGGGUGUACCGUACAGGUAUUGCCCAUAGAGCCCCACAUCUUCAAAGGGCGUAAAAUGGGGGCAGCCGGGGGGCUCUGCAGCAGUAACGUCGGGAGUCUGGGGCUGAGCGCGGCUGAGGGAUGGAGCCCAAAGCCCGGCGUUACGUUUGGGAUUUAUUUUUACUCGUAGUUUUGUUACCAACCAACCCACCGGCAAACUUGAUCCUACUUUUCCUCCUGGCGUACUGAGGGUGAGAUGGGGCUUUGUUCCUCUGGUAGGAGGGAACGGUGAGGGAUGGAGGAGGAUGGGGUGUGGGGACUAGCCGGGCGCGGUGCUGAAGGAGAGGGCAGCCAGGGCUCAGCCCGCCCCUCGGUCCACAGCUGAUGACUUUGGGGGAAUGCAGCUUCCUCAGGAGGGGGUCUAUAACGCCUCCUGGGUUUACUCGGGGUGCACGUAGGGUUUUGUGCAAGCAGCUUCUGGCUUCGGGUGGUCACAGAGGCACAAAAAGUGUUGCCCCUCCAAUGUGGGGGAGAUACUCCCAUCCCUCAGAGGACAACACACUGCCAUGUCUUUCCUUGCCUCGUCACCACAAGCAGCUGUCCCGUGCCCACUGUGGCUCCCAAAGGUGCCAGCAGCCUGAUAAGGUGCUGGGAUAGCAUAUAAGGCUGAACUCCUGAGCUCUCCUUGUUCCUUCUCUUCUGUGCCCAGGAGGGGCUGAUGGGGAAAUCCCAUUCAAUCUGACCUGGUGGCUCUGAGAGAUGCCUCAAAAGCUGCCCAUCAGCCCUUCAGGAAAUGGUAUCUGGGGAGAAAUGCUUCGGAAGUAACUGGAGUAUUUUUAAAAGAGGUGCUUGCCCUGUGGUGGAGCAGCUCAUUCCCGGAAACUCAUUCCUUGAUUUUCCUAUUUAAAAAAAAGCAAGCAAGCACUGAAAGGAAUGAAACUUCUUAGGUAAGAUGGUUAUCCAGCAGGUAGAAAAAAGCAGGUUGGGGUAAGUCCCUGUGAGGCUGCAGUGUUCUUGGCUUAGCCCACAUGUGACACGAACUGAGCCCGUUCUCAGCCCAAUCCUUGGUGCUGUCCUGGAGUCCGGGCUGAACAGAUUCCAUACGUUCAUCUUUGUCCUUUUCUCCUACUUUGUCUUCUGUGUGCUCAGUAGGCUGUCCUGCUAGUGGGGAGGGUCUGCCAUGGACGGCGGGCACAUGGGCAGAUACCGGCUGAGCGCCACCGCCAGCCCCCCACGCUGGGAGAUCGGCAUCUACGCGGCAGGAGCGCUGUCGCUGCUGGGCAUCGCAGCUGUCAACCUGUGGAAGCUCUGGCGUUCCGGCAGCUACCCUGCGCCUUCCCCGUUCCCAAACUAUGACUACCGCUACCUGGAGCAGAAGUAUGGGGCGGCGUAUUCAGACAUCAAGCACAAGCGUGGGGCAGCGCUGGGCUCAAAGCCGUUGCCCAGCUGCAAAGCCAGCCUGAGAGGCACCAACACCUGCGAGAGCAUCAAUGAGCUGGGCAGCCUGGAGCUGAUGAGCAGGGACCUAGGUCUGGCCCCCUACGGCCCCCUGAAGAAAUCCGUCUCAGCUGACUCGCUCAACUCCGUCUCAUCCAUCGGGAACAACUUUGGGCAGGAUUUCACCGUGGGGCAGGUGGAGGUGUCCAUGGAAUACGACGGGAAGGCAGCCGCCCUGCACGUCACCCUACUGCAGGGCAAGGAUCUGCUGGAGAAGGAGGAUGCCCGCUUUGAAUCUUGCUUCAUGCGCAUCAGCCUGCUGCCAGCCGAGCAGAUUGUUGGCAUCUCCCGGAUCCAGCGCGGUGCCUAUGCCGUGGCCUUCGAUGAGCGCUUCUCCAUCCCACUGGACCCUGUGGCACUGGAGGAGGACAGCCUGCGCUUCUCUGUCUUCGGUAUUGAUGAGGACGAGAGGAACAUCAGCACCGGUGUGGCGGAGCUCAAGCUCUCUGACCUGGACCUGACUGUGCGUCCCUUCAGUGCUUGGCUCUAUCUGCAGGACACGAACAAGGCAGUCGACACAGUGGGGGAGAUCCUGCUCUCCCUCAGCUACCUGCCCACAGCCGAGCGGCUGACGGUGGUGGUGGUCAAAGCCAAGAACCUCAUCUGGAGCAAUGGCAAGGGGACUGCAGAUCCCUUUGUCAAAGUCUACCUGCUGCAGGAUGGGAGGAAGAUCAGCAAGAAGAAGACGGUGGUGAAGAGGGACGACACCAACCCUGUGUUCAACGAGGCCAUGAUCUUCUCAGUGCCGGCCAUUGUGCUCCAGGACCUGUCCCUGCGGGUGACGGUGGCUGAGAGUGGCGAGGAUGGCCGUGCUGACAACACGGGCCACGUCCUGAUCGGCCCAGCAGCCAGUGGCAUGGGCAUCACCCACUGGAACCAGAUGCUGGCCACACUGAGGAAGCCUGUGUCCAUGUGGCACCCGCUGCGGAGGAAUUAGGCUGCUGGCGGGGGCACCCUGCACACCUUGGGACCCUGUGCCCCAAUGCCAGCUCUGCCCUGGCCACAGUGGCCAAGUGCCACUGUCUGGAGGUGAAAAGUCAGAGAUGGCCAGAGCAUCCUGCUACCAAAAGCCUCCACUGGGAGGAGGAGGAUGGAGAAAAUCCUGUCCGCACCUCUCCUCAUCCGCAUGCGCUGGGGGCUGCUGAGGGACCUGCUGAAGACGGACCAAAACCAGCAAAAUCCUCCUCAAACUGCUGUCUGGGUGCCAGCCACAAGCUCCUCAGCAUCCUGCAUGCCCUCUGCUGGGCCCCCAAAACCAACGGUGACCCCAGAUGUGGCCUCUGAGGGCUUCUGAGGGGACAUGGGAUUCUUUGGAAGGAUUUUUGGCAAGCGAAAACAGAGAGGGGUGAUAAAGUGUUGGCAUGGUGCAGUUUCUCUCAGCAUGUGUGGUCUUUCUGUUGGGUUUCAGAGGGGUUUCAGUGCACUGUACCAGGGCUGAAACUCUCCAAAUUCCAAUGAAAAAGGGAAAAAUAAUAGUAGAAAAAAAAGUUGUUGUUAUAUAUCUCUUUUUUUCUUCCAUCAUUUUUCUAGCAGUGUCAGUUUCUGCUUUCCUACUGGCUGCCAAGGGGUGUCUGUCCCCAAAUGUCAUGGGUUUGAGGACAGGUCCAGGCUGAAUCAUCCCCUAAAGGCUAAAUGUGGUCACCCCAAACCCUUUUCCCAGCUUAAUUAACCCCGUGGAUUCCCUAGCAGCAGGGCAGCUCUACAGAAAUAGGAAACACCCCCCAAAUUUUGUAUUUUUAAGCUUCACAGGGAAAGGAGAGAAAAAGCUCUUUAGAUGCUGUCUGCUCAUGGGCUCCCAGCCUAAACAAGGUCUUCUGGGUAAGAUCUGCUGCUCUGGGGAACCAGUUCCCCCUGUUUUCCGGAGGUGAACAGAUGGAGAGAUGCGUGGGGCAGAGGAUGCCCUGGGGCCGUGUCCCUCAGCUUUUCCCAGCCUGCAGGUUGCCAGCAGGAAGCCAACAGGGAAACUGGGGCUCUUUGGGGGCUGUUUGCCAGAGUGGUGGCUGUUUGCCAGGGUGAACUGGGGAGGGGAUUUUGUUCUGUGAAUGGUUUGAGCUGAAAAUAAACAAACGUGAGUGAGCCAUUCAACCUGAUUAAAGACAUCAUCAUGGUGGUACCCUGAGCUGGCACCAAUUUUCCUCUCUGCUCCUCUGUCUGGCUUUUAUUUUGCAAUUCCCCUACAUAGGCUUCUUCCCCUUAGCUCAUAGGUGCCAAGAUUUCCUUCUCCCACAUGCUGGCUCUUCCUCCUCCUUGCUCCUCCCUCCAGGAGCCCCCAUGUCCCAUCUGCCACUGUCCCUUGGCCCUGGGACCAGGGUAAAACCAAAGCUGUGCUCAGAACAGCUCUGCUUGGGAUUGCCAGUGCAGUUUGCUGACGGAU